AUGGGCAAAAUCACCAAGUCCAUGCAGCCCAAGCACAAGGAGACGCUGUCCCCUUGGCUUCGAAGCUAUGUCAAUACCACAGCGAGCCUUCCGUUGCCCUCGUUACCAAGUCACCUCGCCACCUUCCCGUCACGGUGGCCGUUCGGACGCGGCGAUCUUUACCACUGGAUACCCCUUCUCAACAGGUUCGACAGUAUACUACAUCACUUCUGCAGGACCUAUGGUCUCCACGAAGGCCCGCAACCUCGCGAGUUCGCCUCCGACCUGCUCCUCAACCAAGCCAAAGACACGGCGUUCAGCAGCGAGAAACAGUGGGAUCCCAAGGAGCUGGAAGACCUAGGCUUUCCGCCAGAUGGCGAUAGGCUGUUGGUGGAAGCCAUCCUUCGAUUCACGCGCAUGUUGCUUGAGCACUGUGGCAACCGGAGCAUCUACGCGAGCAGCGCUCAUCUGAACGAUCUUCUUAACAGCACGUCAUUGUCCGUCAUCAUUGCCACGUUGGAGGUUGGAUCCGAAUUAGCGCAGCGAUAUCAGGCUUCCGUGAAGCGCAUCGGGAGCACGUCGAGGCAAAUAAGCGCCGCCCUCUUGGCCAAUCACUACAACAUCGAUCUUGAUCGCAUUCAACAACUGGCCUCGCCCUUCGUCAAGACGCACAUCCUCACCUUAUCCGAUUCCACGCCGACAACAACACCGGCCACCACCAAAGGCAAAGAGAAGGCACACACUGGUAGCGGAAGGAGCUCCGCCUCCAUGUACGCCAGUGACCUUGUCUCCGUCGCCACAUCGGAUGACAAGCGAUGGAAAGACUGGACCGAUAUUCGGGUCUUCUACUACCCUCAAGACCCCGAAACCAAUGUCGAGACGGCGGCCGACAAUGCCUGUUCGUCAAUGCCUUCGACUCCUACGCCCCUGCGCCGGAGCUCUACGAUGACGACGCAACAGCUUACUCCGAGGUCGCGGAACGUCGUCGGCGACGAUUCGUCGCCGCUUGGACCACGAACUCCUGCCGUCGUUGAGGAGCAUGUCGCGCCAGGCCAGAGGUCGUUCGACAUACCCAAGUCGGCCGUUGUCUCGACCCCGAUUCACGACCUUGUCAGUCGAUGCCGCGAAGACAUGCCGGCCGCGGCCAAGUACGAGGUCUUUCACAGGCUUCGUGUUGCCAAAGCGCUCACGGGAACCGUCGAGCAUCGGCAGCAGAUUCUGGCCACUCGACUUUUGGCCAUCACCAACCUGGCGUAUAUUUACAACGAGUCGAGCUUUGUCGAUAAAGUGCUUCGCCAAGAUAUUGACGAGAUCAGGCGAUAUCAGCUGGUGUACCAACUCGCCGAGCUCAUCCAUCCAUCCGCCGACGGCCGAGUCGAGCUCAUAGUGUCCUCCCGAGCAUUCGACAGCUACUUUGAAAUCUUCGAGAGUCCUGCGCAUAUUCGAUGUAUGGAGACGGACAGGGACCUCGCGCAAAACGUCGGUGCCAGUUUCGACGAGCUUGCUCGCCAUCACCCACCCCUUCGGACCGCCAUCUCCAACGCCGUCAUCGACAUGGUUGCCCGAGUCCGCUUCCUUGGUCUUCAAAAGGCUCGCACCGCGGGUUGGGGCGCCAGGCUGUUCGUGACGGGGUCAUGCGGCAAGCUUCUGUCUGUUUCCGAGACCGGGGCUCUCGAGGAUGCCAGCGAACUAUUGGCUGAAGCCAGAGAGCUGGCUAUUUCCGGUGAUGUCGAUGUCGACAUGGAUGACGCCGUCGCCACAAAUGAAGCGGACAUCGAGAAUCGCGAUGACGCACAAGGAAAGGCGCACGAGGAGUCAAUCGUGCCAUACAUUUUGGCACUGGCUAACUUCCUUUCCUCCUAUCUCUCCAAUGGGCUACUGAAGUCCUUCUUCGUGAAGAAGGGGGGCUUCGAGCUGCUUCUUGACAUUUGCCAAUCGCCAAGUCUACCAGCUACUUUCGGAGACUCGGCUGCGUCGAGAAUGCUGAACUCGGUAGUGUCGCAGCUGGUGGAACAGUCGCCGGUCCGAACCCUUCCCUCACUGUUGCUCCGCGCCACGACGGCGAUCGAUGUUCUCAAGCCCCUAGGCGCUCAAACGGAAGCGUUCCCGCCAUUCUUCGCCCCUUUCCUCGCCGCUGACCUUGAAAUUCCGCAUGACGUUGAGGGGGUGCCCGAGACAAUGUUGAUUGGAACAAAACUCGUCAAGGCGCUUUUGAACGCGCAGACGUUCAUCAAGAUCGUUUCCGAUUGUUUCUGUACUAUGAGGAACAGUACCUUAACCUUCUACCCUGUCAACGUCCACGACUACUAUCUCGCCCUGGUGAAAUCCAUUGGACCACUGCUGCGAGGCGUUUUGGCGGAGGAAGCUGGGCAAUUGUCCAUCGUCCCCCAGCACUGGUCGUUGAGACCGCAGCCGUCUGCGGUCGACAGCGACGCUCGAGACGUCGUCACCGACCCCGAGGGUGCAUCUUUACCCGAUGCCAUCGGCGCUGCGGAAAGUUGGACUUCAGCCUUCGUCGCUGGCGCUUCGGCGUCCAGUCUUACGGAUCAAGAAAAAUCCAGUAUCCGCUUUAAGAACUACGAUACUCUACGAGUCUUACUGCAUCCCAUGAUUCCGACUUCAUUUCCCCUGUUUCAAUCCAUAGGCAGGUCGCUUCUGCCGCGUCGCAGUGAGCCGAGCCACCCCGAACCGUUCACACGGUGUCGUCACCUCGACCUCGGGAAAGCCCUCGCAGACUCUGUCUUGCAGCAUCUAGCCCCUUCCGUGGCGAUGCCGGAGAAUUCCUCCAAGGACUUUCACUAUUGGAUCAUCAUGCUCCAUACCAUCCACGAAAUGCUCAUCGACACCAGUUCUUCUCUCAGACAGAGCGAUCGUUCGAGUAUUCACAUCAUUAUGCCCGUGCUUCUCGCCUUCAAAGAGCAAGGUGGCCUGGAAGUCAUCAACUCGAUGCUCAAGGCUUUCGCAGCUGCCGUUCGGCAGGGCUCCGAGAAGGCCGCCGAGGACUCUUCGAAAGCCAAGGUGGCUGCCUUCGGCCUCAAGAAGGUUCUGGACCUACUGUACGUGCUUGUUAAUGGAAAGAACAUUUCGGACGCGGGUAAUUUCUUCAACAUUCAGCCUCGGCAAGUCGACAGAGCGCACUCUGCUAUCGCCUUCCAGCAGAUCGUUGUCGAGUUCCGCUCCGCCGUGCUUCCGGGCAUCAUGGAGCUUUGGGACUCGAACUUCAUCGACAACGUCCCGGAUGCAACGGUGAAGCGAUUGCUGGAUAUUCUGAAGCUCAUUUCCGCUAGCGACCAUGAGCUCCAGCAAAUUUCCACGACGACUGCCCCAUUUGACCUUUUCAAGUAUACGGAUGCCCGUUUUGACUGGAAACCGCUGCGCGAUGUGGUAACCGACAACCUGCACGCUGGAUACGCCGAGGAUCUGGUGCAUGAGGCUGCGUAUAGGGCGAAUGGCAACGUUGUGUCUACGACGGAAUACUGCCGUGCCCACAAAGACGGCCUGGCCGGCCCCCGAAAUCCAAUUCCGGCCGAAGACGCCGACACAUCCGCGCUCACUGUUCCAGAAACGUCGACCAACGAGGGUGAUUCAGCGGCCAACGAAGGGGAGCCAUCGGCUGGUGCGCCGGGGCUUUCUGACGGGGACCAAAUGUCGUUGGAUGCUCUCCCUGCCGAACUGUCUGCCGAAGGAUUGCUGGAUCUAAUGGAUCGCCCUGAAAAUGUGGAUGAAGAGCAAGACUCUCAGCAUGAGCCACCAGUUCCCCCGCCAUCCGAACCUGGCACGGAUGCCGAUCAACAGAAAGCAAUUGCCCAGCUUGUAUCCGCCAAGGAAAGCAUGGAUGCCCUGCGGACAAAGUUGAGAGAUAAUUUGAUCGACCAAUGCCUGGACGUUAUUCGGGCGCAUCCAGACACCGCCAUUGACGUGGCGGACCUCAUUACGUCCAUGGUACUCAGAAGGCAGAACCAUGACGUCCAAGAGGAGGUCGGAUCGACGCUGUCCUUUGCGCUUUCGUCACUGGCGUUUGAUGAAGAGGAAAAGAAGAAGAAUGGCAAAUGCAUCGCCGCGUACUCGCACCUUUUGGCUCUACUUCUCCAGGACGAGAAGUUCUUUGAGCGCAACCUGGAGACCCUCCGAGAGAAAGUUGACGAAUAUGUGAACUUCGUCAAAGUCCCGUUCUCUUCGUCGACCGAUGACCUACCCCCAUGGAUCCCAUACAUUCUGCUGAUACUGGAGGUACUGUUGUGCCACGACGAGAGGCCCGUCGCAGCGCAGUGGAAGAACCCGAAGUCAUUGGAGGACCCCGUGGGCGAGGCAAUUCUUCAAUUGCCAACUCCUCUGGUCGAUGACCAGCAGCGAACGAUUGUACUAGAGUCGUUGCUUGAGCUACUACCGCGAAUCGGCAAGGAAGAGGUGCUCGCAACUGCGGUUCUGAGGAUACUUGUCAUUUUGACACGCAGGCGCAGUGCGGCGAAGCUUGUCGGCGAGAAGAAGAACCUCCAGAGGCUGUUUGUUAUGGCCAAGCAGCUCUCUGGCUCUGGCUCGGAGCGGCUUAGGCAAACAAGGUUGACCACAUACAUCAUCACAAUCCUGCGCCAUAUCAUCGAAGACGAGGAGACGCUCAAGCAAAUCAUGCGUGCUGAGAUUCGGGCCGACUUUCCCAGCAUACAGCGAAUUCAGCGAGCAUCACCUGACGUCGCGACGUACUUGCGAACCAUGGCUCCAGUUGCGCUUCGAGCUCCUGACUUGUUCGUUGACAUGACGAAUGAGCUGCUUGAGUUUUCGAGAUGGCAUCCUUCAUCUGCUGAUGGGAUGCGCACUCAGCAAUUGAGCAUGAAGGAAGCACGAAACGACGGCGAUGGUGAUGCGAAGCCUGCUGUCAAUGAAGCGGCUUUUGAUCAAGAAGUAAAGCGGUCCACCGAAGCAGCCGAUAAGGAGAUGACGGACGCCCCGAAAGCGCACCAUGAUAGCAAACGCCCUGUGGUGGAGAACCCCGAUGGUGUUAUUCACUUCCUUCUGUGUGAACUUGUCAAUUACCGCGAAGUCGACGAUAAAGAGCCGCCAACUGUCGGAAAAGAUUCUCAAUCCGACACGGAAGCGGGGAAAGGUGCCCAAGAUGACUCCUCCGACGAUAAGCAGACAUCGGAUGGCAAAGACAAGAAACAGUCGAAACCGCUUUUCAAGUCCGAAGAGCACCCCAUUUUCGUUUAUCGCUGCUUCCUUUUAAGCUGUCUAGCCGAACUUCUUCAGAGCUAUACUAGGACGAAGGUUGAAUUCAUCAACUUCAAGCGGAGUGCACCUCCGUUGACCAUAAACACGCCCAUCAAACCCAGGUCUAGCAUCCUCAACUACCUGAUUUACGACUUGCUCUGUCAGGGAAAUCUUAGUGGGACAACUGACAGCAUCGCCUCGAAGAAAAAGGCCGCAACAUCGUCUUUGACACAGAAAGUGUUGGUGGCACUGGUUGCCAAGACGAACGAGAGACCAGUGGAGCGAGGCCGUGACAAGUUUGCCUAUGACGACGAGCAUGAUCUUCUCUUCGUUCGAAAAUUCGUCCUCGACACCAUUCUCAAGGCAUACGAAAAGACGCCGUUCACGGAUGAGCCUUUAGAAACGCGAUACUCGCGCAUGCAAUGCCUUGCGGAACUCAUGAAUCAUAUGAUUGGUGAAAAAGACAAGGAUCAGAGCUCUGGCAUUGAUUCGACACAGUCUCGAUCUCUGGCACAGCUGCGACGAUUGAUGUACGAAAAAGGCUUUGUGGACAAGCUGACUUCCUCAAUUGCCGAGAUCAGCCUCAAUUUCCCGGGGGUCAAGCGUGCCAUUAAGUACAUCCUGCGUGUUCUUCGGGUGCUCACUGCCACAGCCAAGGAGCUCAGCCUCUCAUCUCUGCCUGGCGUACUACCAUCCGAUCCAUCGGCGGAUGACAACAGCGAUGAAGAGUUCGCUUCGACGUCAUCUCUCUCUGAUCUCGAUGAUGAUCGGGAGGAAACACCUGACUUGUAUCGCAACUCUACACUGGGGAUGCUGGAGGCUCAGGCUGAAGACGACGAAUCUGGCGAAGAAAACGAGGAUGACGAGGAUGACAUAUAUGGCGACGAAUACGACGAUGAUGAGAUGGACUACGGAGACGACGAUAUUUCCGACGGUCAAGACAAUAUCAGCGAUGAGGAUGAGGAGCUCAGCGGCAUGGGUGAGAUCGAAGGUCUUCAUGGCAACCCUAGCGUCGUCGAAGUCAUUAUGGAUGACGAUGAGGAUGACGACGACACCAGUGAUGACGAAGACGACGAAGGGAUGGACUCUGCCGACAUGGAGGAUGUAGAUCGCGUGGAAAUUGUUGAUGAAGAAGGAAAUCCUCUUGACGACGAUGGCGAUUCCGGCUGGGAGAGCGAGAGUGACGUCGACGAGGAUGACCCGGAUGCCGACGAUCUCGACUAUGAAGCGGAGGUACAAGACGACGACGAAGCACAUUUGCAUGGCAUUGAUCCCCACGAUCUGCUCGAUGAUAUGGCUAGGGCCAUGAUGGGACAGGAUGACGGAUAUGAGGCCGAACUCACUUUAGACGACACUUUCAUGGAUGAAAACCAUGAUGAGGGUGAAGAUGAUGACGGUGAAGACAUUGAUGAAGAAGAUAUCGAUGAUGAAGAGUAUAUCUACGACGAUGACUACCCAGACGAGCAACUUCCACCGAUGCCAAACCCUGGCUGGAAUAGCAUGAGCAUGAGCCCGGAACAAGAGUCUCUUUUCCGCCAGCGCCAGCUCAUUCUGCUCGAGCAGCAAAAUAGGCGCCCAGUGCUUACUAGGAUGGACAAUCGGAGCCCGUUCCCGCCUCGCCUCAUUGCCGGGUCACACCGUGACCAGUUGGACUUCCGCAACUAUUUUUCUCGCAGCCAUCGCCCUGCGGGUGGCGCUCAAGUAAAUCCCGAAGAUGGCGUGAACCCCCUUCUCCGGUCGGGCCACUCAACGUCGCAAUCUUCUCCGCGAACUGGCCAUGUCCGUACGACAGUCGGGGUGAGGCUUCCCGAAGGCGUAUUCAGCGCUGGUCGUCAUGCAAUCGAUGGGCCAAUGGGACUCCUGAGCGAGCUCAUGGAAUUUCUUCCGAUUAUGGGCCGCAAUGAGGGCGGGCAAACUUUCCACUUCCACCUAGGAAGUGCUGGGGGGGCCCGCGAUGCACGAGAUUUUGUGCAUGGUAGAUGGUCUCGGGGCGAUCAACGGCGUGAAGGCUCAGCGCAAGAGCCACACCAGGCAGUUUCAUUCGUGCCGGAGCCAACUCUGAUUCGAUACCAAGAAGAAGCCAGGAUGAUCUUUGGCGCUGCGCAUACUGCGGAAGCUUCAAAGCUCGUUAACAUAAUUGUUGCCAAUCUCACACCCGCCGCGAUGGAACGAGAGAAGAAGAUAAAGGCCGAAGAAGCUGAAAUGCAACUGAGGCGCGAAGAGGACCGCAAGAAGCGCGAGGAGGAGAACCGCAAGGUUCGAGAAGCCAAGGAGGCCGAGGAAAAGGCGGCCAGGGAGAAGAGAGAAAUGGAGGAACGCGAAGCUGCCGAGCGAUUUGCAGCAGAAACCGCCGCGAGCAACGUUCGCAACAGCCAGCUUGGUGAUGUUGAAGCUGACGGUGGCGCAAUGGAGGGCAUCGAGAGCACUGAACCGGCCACUUCGGGAGGCGCAGAAGCUCAGAACACCUCUGAGACAGACCAUCCUCAACGCCGAGUGAUGACUACGCUGAGGGGCGAAGAGGUUGACGUUACCGAGCUCGGCAUUGACCCCGACUACUUGGCUGCAUUGCCGGAGGAGUUUCGAGAGGAGGUCGUCGCCCAGACCAUCAGCGAGCGGCGCUCACAAGCUCGCGAGGAAGCUGCAUCAGGCGAAUCGACAGAAGUGUUCCAGGAGUUCUUGGAUGCCCUUCCGGAGGAAUUACGCCUGGAAAUUGCUCAGCAGGAGCGACAAGACGAGCGUCGAAGGCAGCAUCGUCGCCAUGCAGCCCAUUCCGGAAGCCAAACUGCAGCUGCCACAGAAAUGGAUCCUGCUAGUAUUCUGCUAACAUUUCCACCAGAGUUGCGGGAACAAGCGCUGAUUGAUCAAGGGGAGGAUCUUAUGGACCAGCUGCCUCCUGAUCUGGCAGCCCAAGCUAGGGCGCUGGUUCAACAGCGUGCGCCUGUGCCGCAGCACCAGAGCAUACGCACUGUUACCGCCCCUGGGAGAACACCGCCUGCUGGCGAUAGAGCGGCUGGCCAUGACACAGACAUCCAAGGUGAGAGCAGGAUUGCGCGCCGAACGGUAGUUCAAAUGCUCGACAAGUCUGGCAUUGCAACACUACUGCGGCUCAUGUUCAUCGCACAGCACGGAUCCAUCCGCAACUACCUGUUCAGCGUCUUCGCUGAUGUGUGCGAGAACCGACAAAACCGCCUCGAGGUCGUUAGCAGCAUCCUGCAAAUUCUUCAAGACGGUAGUACCGACAUGGGCGCCGUGGAACGCAGUUUUGGACAGCUUUCCCUGAAAGCCAGGAAACACAGGGAGAAGGAGCCCGAGCAGAAGACUCCCCAGAGCCUGAAGAGAACUCUUACCACCAUUAUCGACACCAGCACCAAUCAGACGAACUCAGAGACGUCGCCAUUACUGAUCGUUCAGCAAUGCUUGGAUCUCCUGGUUGAUUUAUGCACCAAAAGCCAUCAUAUCCCUUGGUUUUUCCUGACUGAACAUGAGAUUGUUGGGUCAGCAUUGAAGAGGGCACUAAGUCGCAAAGGGAAAGCCAAAGAUACUAAAGCUCACAAAUACGCCAUCAACUCGUUGUUAACAUUGCUGGAUCGUGAGCUCGUCACCGAGAGCUCACUUGUGAUGACACAUCUCGCAGACUUGCUGAAUCGAGUUACUCUGCCUCUUCAGAAUCUAGAUCGCCGCCGAAAAGAGACAGCUGACGAGGGCAAGUCGGGCGUUGCUGCUGAAGACGAAAUUGUUACUACCGGCGAAGCAUUGGGACCUGAUGGAGCAAUGAACACCUUCACGGUUGCAGAACCUAGCCAUCCAGACGGAAAUGCUACCGAUGUGGACAGUGCCUCUAAAGACAAAGAGCACAAAAGCAGCGCGCCCUCAAAGCGGCCUCGACAAUUACAACCACCAGUAAUCCCUCCGCAGAACUUGAUGCUUGUGGUGAGAAUCUUCGUUGCCAGAGAGUGCAACUCGAAAACCUUUCAGAACACCAUUUCGACAAUCAAGAAUCUCUCUGCGAUACCUGGAGCAAAAGAAGCGUUUGGCCAAGAGCUCGUUCGUCAAGCGCAACUGUUAAGCAAGAAUAUCGUAUCAGAUCUGGAUGACCUGCUCCCGCACAUUGACCAGGCUUCCACUGGAACCGAAAUUCAAGGGGUAGCUCUCGCCAAGUUCUCGCCCGGGGCGUCUGAGCAGAACAAGCUGCUCCGAGUGCUCACCGCGUUGGAUCAUUUGUUUGACAGCAAGAAGAAGACUCGUGGUGGGGAAGACGAACACUCUAAGGACGAAGAGAGACAAUAUCUUGUCAACUCUCUAUACAACAAUCCCACAUUCUGGAACAUGUGGAAGAAGCUGAGCACCUGCCUUGGUGCCAUCCGCCAGAGAGAGAACAUGCUAAAUGUGGCCACGAUCCUGCUACCUCUCAUCGAGUCUCUCAUGGUGGUGUGCAAGAAUACAACUGCAAGCAGUGAGCCACUGACAGGCCAUGUUAAGGAUACGGUCCCGCAGAGUCCACCCCCUGCGUCGCCGAUAGCCAACCUGUUCUUUAGCUUCACGGAAGAACAUCGACGCAUCCUCAACGAACUUGUCCGAAACAACCCGAAGCUCAUGUCAGGCACCUUCGCCCUCCUGGUCCAAAACCCGAAGGUCCUCGAGUUUGACAACAAGCGAAACUACUUCAACCGAAGCGUUCAUUCGAGGUCACCACAGAGGCGCCCAUCGCAUCCAGCACUGCAGUUGUCCGUUCGCCGCGACCAAGUUUUCCGCGACUCGUUCAAAGCGCUGUACUUCAAGUCUGGCGACGAGAUGAAGUUUGGAAAACUCAACAUUCGCUUCCAUGGAGAGGAAGGUGUUGAUGCCGGAGGUGUCACCCGUGAAUGGUUCCAGGUUCUCGCCCGGCAAAUGUUCGACCCGAACUACGCUUUGUUCAUCCCUGUGUCAUCUGACCGCACCACAUUCCAUCCGAACAAGCUCAGCGGGGUCAACGAAGCUCAUUUGAUGUUCUUCAAAUUCAUUGGACGUAUCAUCGGUAAGGCUCUGUACGAAGGAAGGUUGCUUGACUGUUUCUUCAGCCGCGCUGUGUACAAACGUAUUCUGGGCAAGCCUGUGUCGGUCAAGGACAUGGAGUCGUUUGACCCAGACUACUACAAGUCCCUCUGCUGGAUGCUGGACAACGACAUUACCGACAUCAUCACAGAAACCUUCUCAGUCGAAGAUGAUGAGUUCGGCGUUACCAAUGUUGUGGAUCUAGUUCCUCAUGGCAGGGAAGUUUCGGUGACGGAGGAAAACAAGCACGAGUAUGUACGGCUCGUCGUUGACCAUAAGCUGCUAUCUUCGGUUAAGGAGCAAAUGGAGAACUUCUUGCUGGGCUUCCACGAAAUCAUUCCGGCCAAUUUAAUCUCCAUCUUCAAUGAACAGGAGCUGGAACUGUUGAUAUCUGGUCUUCCUGAUAUCGAUGUUGAUGACUGGAAGAGCAACACGGAAUACCAAAAUUACACCCCGUCCUCGCAACAGAUCCAAUGGUUCUGGCGAGCUGUCAGAUCAUUCGACAAAGAGGAACGAGCCAAGCUUCUGCAGUUUGUCACCGGCACGAGCAAGGUCCCACUAAAUGGGUUCAAAGAGCUGGAGGGUAUGAAUGGCAUCAACAGAUUCAACAUUCAUCGUGACUAUGGCAACAUGGAUAGACUACCGUCGUCACAUACGUGUUUCAACCCAGAGCUUGAUCUACCAGAGUAUGAAAGCUACGAUAUGUUGCGCUCUCAGGUUCUGAAAGCUAUCACGCAAGGAAGCGAGUACUUUGGUUUCGCUUAA